AUGAGGAUUUUAACCACUUUUGUGUCAGUAGCCCUUCUGGCGAUUCUCACUAGUGCGCAACAAAUAGAAACUACCGUUGAUGUUCUGCAAGAAAUUUAUCACAGAUGCGCAGAUAGCGAAUCCAUGUUAUCUUGCGUUAAACCGAAAGUGUUGGCUUACAUCACCGAUGCCGUGAAACAAGACAGAUUAGCAAUUACGGAGGAUUUAGCAGUAGUUAAAUCCCGCGAUGCCCCAGAGCAUAAGGUGGAAGAUUUACCUUCACAAUUUGACGCCGCAGAUCCAUCCAAGAGAAAACUCCUGCGAACAUUGAUGCUUGAGAAAUUGGACGCGUAUUUGGCAAGCCAUCAGCUUGAGGCUAAACUACCAACAGUGAUUGUAGGAUCCAAUAUUGUCCCUAGAUCCUUAGUCGACAACAUGCCAAAGAGUCUUACAAUCCCUCUUAGUGACUCUUCUAAUGAACAAGGUCGCGGUUUCGUCAAGAAAGUGAUGAUACCGUUCCUUCUUGGUCUCAAGUUCAAAGCCACCGCUUUGGCACCUCUUGCUCUCGCUCUCAUCGCUUUGAAAACGUGGAAGGCACUAACUUUGGGUCUUCUAUCAUUGGUUCUCAGCGGAGCGAUGAUGAUCUUCAAGUUGACUAAACCGAAAGUCGCUUACGAAGUUGUUCACUAUGGUCACCCACCUAUAGAACACCCCCCUCAUUGGGACACCGCACCCCACGGACCUUACAAGGCCUAUAGGAAAUAG